AUGUAUUCUCAAAUAUUUGAGGAUGUUGGCUGGUGGAAACUUUUUAAACUUGUUAUUACAGUUUCGAAGGUUAUAACAUGUUUAACACCUUGUUCACCUUAUUUACCUUCAUCAUGGGUGUUUUAUCCUAUCCUUGUUUUUGCAAUAUUGGACCUUUUGUCGUAA